UUGAAAUUCAUUUUCUACCAUAAACUUGAACAAAAACUAAAUAAGAAGAGAAAACAAGAAUGGCUGCGAAUCUAAGGAACAAUGCGUUCUUGUCUUCUCUUAUGUUUCUUCUCUUAAUCGGUUCCUCAUACGCAAUCACAAGUUCAGAAAUGAGCACAAUCUGUGACAAAACCUUAAACCCAUCUUUCUGUCUUAAAUUCCUCAAUACUAAAUUCGCAUCUCCUAAUCUUCAAGCCUUGGCAAAAACCACACUUGAUGCUACACAAGCAAGAGCAACACAAACAUUCAAAAAACUCCAAUCUAUUAUCGAUGGAGGAGUCGACCCUCGAUCUAAAUUAGCUUACAGGUCAUGCUUAGAUGAAUACGAGAGCGCGAUUGGAAACCUCGAGGAAGCUUUUGAGCAUUUAGCUUCAGGAGAUGGCAUGGGGAUGAACAUGAAAGUUUCUGCUGCAUUGGAUGGUGCUGAUACAUGUUUAGAUGAUGUGAAGAGAUUGAGAUCAGUAGAUGCUUCGGUUGUGAAUAACAGUAAAGCAAUUAAGAAUCUUUGUGGUAUUGCUCUUGUUAUCUCUAACAUGUUACCACGUAAUUAAUUUUAAAUCUUCAUCAUGUGUUUGCUCUGAUUAAUUGUAUUGUUUGCGAGAGGACAAACUAAAUUAUUAUACUUAUAUUAUAA